GCGAAUCUGUCGCUUCCUCUAAGUGGCACGCCGCGAUGAAUCACACCUCAGGUAAGUUGUUAAAGGCCGAGCGUGCGAUCUCUAAUCACAUGAUAAUGAUCGCGAAACAAACAAAAGAGAAAACGAGGUUUUGGGGGCAAAAAAAGGCCAAUAUAAACUUUAAUUAA